GAAACGAAACGUAACUUACGACUCAAGGGCCCUGGCAACACUGAGUGGUACACCACUAAAAUUUAUAUUGUGAAUUGACACAUACUAUGAACUCACAUUUGUCAAGAAUUAAAAGUUAUGAAAAUAAGUUUUUCAAUCCUCGAUGGAACCACAAAGCAUAAUCUAAGAAGCUAAUUGAUAAGUUUUGUUCCAUUUUUACACUAUGAAAUAGUAAAUAUUUUAAUUUAUCGCAGUAAUUAAUGCUCUGUACACAUUCACGAAAUUAAUAUAACAUGGUUGACACUUGAGCAAUCGCUGUUUGUUUAUGAAUAAGAAAAUUAUGCAUUCAAAAUCAUGUCGGAAACUGUGCCGUUUUUCGUCGAUCGGGCUAAAGGAGGUCGCGCUAACUGUAAAGGAUGCAAAACUAGCUGUGCUAGUGGUGAGUUGCGCAUAGCAAAGCUAGUAGCCAGUCCAUAUGGCGAGGGCCAGCAAAUGAAGUCCUGGCACCAUGUCGAUUGCUUCAUAAAUGUGUUAUUGAAGCAAAGACCCGCCACAAAGCGAGUGGAUUCUAUAGAUGACAUCGGCAACUGGGGUGCUUUAAGCAAGGAGGACCAAGAGUUGAUAUUGAAGAAACUAAAUGAUAUGGAAAUAUUGUAUGCCGAGAAAAACAAUGGUAAGUACACAGCAAAGGUAAUAAAAAAUGAAUCUGUUGGUAUCAUUUCGAUUAAAGCUGAGAAAUCAGAUUUUGAAAAACAGGUGGAGACGGAAGAUGAUAGGUUUUUAACAUUUUGUGAUUUAUGCAGAAAGAUUGCGAAAGUUGAUGCAUAUACUGAAAAAACGGCAACUGUUAAUAGAUUCUUCCGUGAGGGAACAGACAGUAAGACUUUCAAAGGCACCUUGUCGUUAUGGUGUAAGCUACUGUUACCUCAAGUCAAAAGGGUGUACAAUUUAAAAAAUAAACAGCUUGUUAAAUUAUUCUCUAAAAUCUUUAAAACUGACCAUGAUGAUAUGUCAACACAUUUGGAACAAGGGGAUGUUGCUGACACUAUACAACAUUUUUUCAAGAAAUCCAAAAAUGUUAGCCCCGCAGACAAAUCUACUUUGACAUUACAAGACGUCGAUGAAUUCCUACAAGAACUUUCAAAGUUCACAAAAGAAGAUGAACAGAUUUAUCAUUUUAAAAAAAUUGUAAAGAGAUGCACAUUAGAUGACUUGAAAAUGCUCAUAAGACUUAUUAAAGGUGAUUUGAGAAUCAACGCCGGCCCAAAACAUAUAUUGGAAGGAGUACAUCCUGAUGCAUACGCAGCUUUUCAAGCCUCAAGGGAUUUAAACAUGGUCUUAGACCGAGUAUUGCCACAUGGAAAAGGAGUUAAACAUAAAGAUGUAGUUCAGAAGAGCGUAGAGGCAAGAAUAGCCCUUAUGACUCCCGUAUUACCCAUGUUGGCUGAAGCAUGCAAGUCUGUAGAAAUGGCAAUGAAGAAAUGUCCAAACGGCAUGUUCUCUGAAAUCAAGUAUGACGGAGAAAGAGUACAAGUACAUAAAAAAGGAAAUGAAUUUAAAUAUUACUCAAGGGCUUUAAAACCAGUGAUGGCUCAUAAAGUGAAUCAUUUUAAGGAAUAUUUACCCAAAGCAUUUCCACAAGGAAAUGAUCUGAUUUUGGAUGCAGAGGUAUUAAUGGUUGAUGUUAAUACUGGGAAACCAUUACCGUUUGGCACAUUGGGUAUUCACAAGCAAUCAGAAUUUAAAGAUGCGUCUGUCUGUCUGUUUGUGUUUGACUGCUUAUACUAUAAUGGUGAGGUAUUGCUUGACAUACCAAUAAAAAAGCGAAGGCAAAUACUGCAAGAGAAUAUGGUUGAAGUUAAAAACCAUGUCAUGUUCUCUGAACAGCAAUUGAUCAGGAAACCAUCGGAUUUGGCCAAAAUGAUUGCUACGGUACUUGAACAAGGCCUGGAGGGGCUAGUACUUAAGGACUUAGAUUCAACCUAUGAGCCAGGCAAAAGGCAUUGGCUGAAGGUAAAGAAAGAUUAUCUGUUUGAUGGAGCAAUGGCUGAUACAGCUGAUCUAGUUGUUCUUGGAGCUUGGUUUGGCACAGGCAAAAAGGGCGGUAUGAUGUCGGUAUUCCUGAUGGGAUGUCUGGACAAACAACGUAAUAAGUGGGUCACAGUAACCAAAGUUCAUACAGGCCAUGAUGAUAGUACACUAGAGAGGCUUCAAAAGGAACUUUCACCUCUGAUGAUGAAAAUAUCACAAGAUAGCUACAAAAUACCCUCUUGGUUGGACUGUAAUAAGGGAAUGGUACCGGACUUUGUAGCUAUUGAUCCAAAGAAACAACCAGUUUGGGAGAUUACAGGUACGGAGUUGACAAAGGCUAAUCUCCACACCGCGGAUGGGAUAUCGGUAAGGUUUCCAAGAGUAACUCGCAUCAGGACAGACAAAAAUUGGGAAUCGGCAACAAAUUUGGAAGAGCUCAAACAUCUUUAUAAGACAUCCAAAGAGAAAACUGAUGUGUCACUUCUCAAUAAAUUUGCAGUGGCAGCCGAAAACGACGAACCGCCAACAAAAAAAGCAAAAACGACAGAUAAAGUAGAUACGAAAGUUAAGAAAAGUCCUGUAAAAAAUAAAACAUUAGAUGGUUUUCUAGUUAAGAAAAGAGAUUUAAAUAGUACAAAUUCCUCAAAUGCAAGCAACUUGGAUGAUGAUGAAAUGGAUACUUCAACUGAAAGUGUUGGUAAGAAGCACAGGAAAAGGAAAAACCUGGACAAAUCAGAUACAUCUGAAGCAAGUGUGGAUAUGGAAUUAGAUGCGAAAGAUAUGUUGCCAGAAAAUCCUUUGCCUGAUGUCUUCAAAGGCAAAAGACUGGGGUUCUAUCCUGAUUUUAUAUCUUUUCAAGAAGACUUAAGGAAACAUUUCGAGAGACAUUGGAUUGCUUAUGGCGGGAACAUUGUAAAGUCAAUAUGUUUCAUGGACGUUGAUUAUGUUGUUCAUAAAAAUAAAACUAUUAGUUAUGAAAACAUGCAGCAGCUAAAAAAGAAAUUGCCUCCAGAUGUGAGACAUGUUAAUAAAUAUUGGUUAAUAAGAUGUAUAAAUGAAGUAGAAUUAUGUGAUACUGAAAAAUAUGCUGUUUGUGUUGAGCCCUGAAUGAUAAAAGUUGUUUCAUUAACCAACUUAAAAAGAAGGGUGAACAUUCAACGCGUUAUACGUUUUUGUUUUGUUUUAUGAAAAUAAUGUAUUAUUGCAAUGUACUUUUGUAUGUAAUGCGCUAAUGUUUUGAUAAAAUGCUAUUAUUAAAAAAAAAUGAUGUUCGUUAUUGCACUAUUGCCUACUGGUUUCGUGGUACGGAUAAAUUAAUAAUAAGUUCAUUAUUAUUUGAAUUUUACUUAUAAUAAACUGUAACAGGAAUAGGUAUAUACUUAAGUAAAAAUUACUGUAGAAAUAUUAUAGUACAUUCAUGUUAGAAAGUCAUCAUCAUUGUCUAUCAGCGAACAGGCCCCCAACAAUAAGACUACAUACAAGUGUCCUCAACUUGUGACCGUUAGGUUGAAUAUAAUUUUAAGCAAACUUUUUAUUCUGGAAUACUGAUAUUCCCCGGCUUAGGAACUGCAGGGCGCUGGAAUCAAGUUGAGAGUUAACGACUGCAGUGUCCUGGAAGAAAGUUAGGAGGGGAUAUCUGGGAAAGGAAGUGGAGGGAGGAGAGGGAACCUUAGAUUGGAGGAAGGGAGAAAGCCACGAAAUGUUUGCGAGCCCUCAUAGGCCUCAAUGUGUAUUUAGCAACUGUGAGGUAUACACACCUAACUAUGGGCUUAGGGCCGCGACAAAUAUCCCCCUGUGAAUGGGCCUGCACUUGGUGUGGAGCCUGAGCGCACAAGAAUUGCCUCCGGAGGAUUAAAACUAUUAGUUGGACUGAGUGUCGGUUGACGAAUGACGAUUACUUACUAUUUUGUUAACGCGAAUGAACGAUAGGUACAUGACGCUGACUCAGUUAGCAGGUAAGACAACAAACAUUAAUUGCAUUUUAUGAGCAUGCCUGAGUCACAAGAGGAAAGUAUUUACUAUUAAUACAUAUGUUAUAAACACUGUGAUAAACACGAUUUAAUAAAGCAGCUUUUAUAUA